UUUGGGGUCCUUACACUAGAGGCUCGGCGCCAGUCCCCCGGCUGCUGUCGUAGCUAAAGCAGUAACGUGUAAAAAUCUGCGUAUUUUUAAUUAAAAUCUAACUUUUUGGGAACUUCGGAUCCUUCGUCGUCCAGCAAUGAAUCUAGAACUGCUCGAAUCGUUUGGGCAGAACUAUCCAGAGGAGGCAGAUGGCACCCUGGACUGUAUCAGUAUGGCCCUCACCUGCACCUUCAACCGCUGGGGCACCCUGCUUGCUGUGGGUUGCAAUGAUGGACGCAUUGUCAUUUGGGACUUUCUCACACGAGGCAUUGCAAAAAUCAUCAGCGCCCACAUCCAUCCAGUGUGCUCUUUAUGCUGGAGUCGAGAUGGCCACAAGCUAGUGAGUGCCUCCACAGACAAUAUCGUCUCACAGUGGGAUGUCCUGACUGGAGACUGUGACCAGAGAUUCCGUUUUCCCUCACCCAUCCUGAAACUGCAGUGCCACCCAAGAGACAUGGACAAGGUGCUGGUAUGUCCCAUGAAAUCAGCACCAGUCCUCCUGACUUUGUCAGACUCCAAACAUGUUGUCUUGCCUGUGGACGAUGACUCAGAUCUGAAUGUGGUGGCAGCCUUUGACAGACGGGGCGAAUACAUCUACACAGGCAAUGCCAAAGGAAAGAUUCUGGUGUUAAACACAAACACUCAGGAGCUUGUGGCAUCAUUCAGGGUGACCACUGGUACCAGUAACACCACUGCCAUCAAAUCCAUUGAAUUUGCACGCAAGGGCAGUUGCUUCCUCAUAAACACAGCAGACCGCAUCAUCAGAGUGUAUGACGGCAGGGAGAUACUGACAUGUGGCCGAGACGGUGAGCCUGAACCCAUGCAGAAACUACAGGAUUUGGUCAACAGGACUCCAUGGAAACGCUGCUGUUUCUCUGGUGAUGGCGAGUACAUUGUGGCAGGCUCAGCCAAGCAGCACGCCCUCUACAUCUGGGAGAAGAGCAUUGGCAACUUGGUAAAGAUCCUUCAUGGCACCAGAGGAGAGCUACUACUGGAUGUUGCUUGGCAUCCUGUCCGUCCAAUCAUCGCCUCCAUCUCUAGUGGAGUGGUGUCUAUCUGGGCUCAGAACCAAGUGGAAAACUGGAGCGCGUUUGCCCCAGACUUCAAAGAACUGGACGAGAAUGUGGAGUACGAGGAGCGAGAGUCCGAAUUCGACAUUGAGGAUGAAGAUAAGAGUGAACCUGAGCAGACAGGUGCGGAUGCUGCAGAGGAUGAAGAGGUGGAUGUGACCACCGUUGACCCCAUAGUUGCUUUUUGCAGCAGCGAUGAGGAGCUGGAAGACUAUAAGGCACUGUUGUACCUGCCCAUUGCCCCCGAAGUUGAGGAUCCAGAGGAAAACCCCUAUGGCCCCCCACCAGACUCCUCAGUCCAGCCUUCUGCCACAGAGGAUGCAAUAGCUGGCGGUGACAAGAAGCAGCGGCAACCUUCAUCUGAAGGAGGUCCAGCCAAAAAGAAAGCCCGCACCACCACCAUUGAACUGCAGGGGGUUCCCAGUGAUGAGGUACACCCCCUAUUGGGUGUGAAAGGGGAUGGCAAGUCUAAGAAGAAGACAGCAGGUCGGCCCAAAGGUUCCAAAGGUAAAGACAAAGACUUCCCCUUCAGGCCCAAGCCUUACAGAGGCGAACGGCCCUCCUUCCCCAUGGAAGCCUUGGGCAACUCUGGCCCGGGCGUUGGAGGAGGAGGAGGAGGAGGAGGAGGAGGAGGAGGAGGAUUAGGGAUGAAGGGCAGGGCAGAGGGGGGCCUGGCCACAGGGAGUCUCAUCUCACAGUCAUACAAACAGCAUGACAUUGGAGGAAUGGACUGAUUACUGCUGGUGGAGGAGCACCAACAGGCUCUGACAAAAAGACAUUAUUCCUGAUGUCAUGUACAGACUGAGAGAAAGGUGUUUGGUGUACACAGACUAUUUCCUCUCACAACCAGAACACUGGGUUGCAGGGAAACUCCCCUGCCUGGAUCACACACAGAGCGUGAAGCAGCUGAAUCAUCACAGUAGAUAUCACAUGUCCUCUGUCUCAGUCGAAAUGAUCAUGUAUAGUAUGCCUGUGUCCUGAUAGUGUGUAUGGGGGUGUGUUGCUUUUCAUUUUGUUUUUAUACGUAUUAAAACAUUGUGCUUUAUAAAUAA